AUGGAGCUCCACCCGGGGCAGCUCUACCGGAACCGCACGGGCGGCGCGCUCUCGGUCGCCGACAGCUUGCGCCAGCGCUUCCUCGAGAACGACGUCAAUGGCAUGCGUGAGAUGCUGGACGCGCUGACCGAGACGACGACGCUCUGCUGCGUGAACCCGACGUCGCCGCUGCUAGCACUGCUGCAGGAUGCAUUGGCCAACGUCCCGAGACCUGGCGUCGUCCUCAGCAUAGGCAGUGGCUCUGGCCUGCUAGAGUUCCUACUGGACUUGCAACUGGGCGAGAAUGGCCUGGACGUCCAUGGCCUCGAUAUCGCGCCCGUGAACGUCUUCCUGCCCUUCUUCGACGUCGUCAAGGAAGGUGGUCGCCCGUCCAACGUCGACAACACGGUCGUGCUCCUCGCCGUGUACCUUCGCCGACCCUCGCUAUUAGCAACCUACUUGCGAUGGUAUCCCAAAGUGACCAAGGUGAUUCUGAUUGGCCCCAAGAACGAAGACCCGCUCGCCGACGCCGCCACCGCCGACGCGGUCCAGGCGUGGGGCACGUGCGAGGCGCUGAUUACCGACCACACCGCCCUCGCGCGCUGGGAUAUGUACCAGGUGUGGACCAAGAGGCCUUGA